AUGAUAAUAAUUGAUAUUAUGAAGGAGAGGGUUUCAGACAUUUAGAAUAUCUACAAUAAUACUAUGGCAAUAAAACAAAUUAAGUAUAGAGAGAAGCUUCGUUAAGUUUAAGAGACUGACCUAAUGAGUUCACUCUAUUAAUUUCGUAAAUUGACACAAUAGGAUUUAGCUCAAUUCCAAGAAGGAGCAAAAUAAAUCUUUAAAAUAAUUGCACCAGGAUUUGAUACACGAUUUAGUAACAUCACUCUCACUUCUACCAGCAAAGUGUUCAUAGAGUUGUACAAGCAUUUUGGUUUCGGUUAAAAAAGCGACGCUUUGUACAAUGAAUUACUUCACAAUUCCAAGCAGCAGAUAUUUCUUUGUCUCAUUCAACAUCUGAUGGAUCUCACUAAGUUGGCUUUGUAGUGUGCUGUCAAAAGGUUUUUAGACAUGAAACUCCUCUGUACAGGGAAGGAGAUUGAAAAGUCUCCCAAUCCUAGAAGAGUAGACAUAAUAUAAUUUGCAUCAGUUAAGAGAAAUAAAAUCAAUAAAGUGAUGCGAAGUGAAUCCAAUUCUCUCCAUUAAUCUGAUAACAAGUAAGACCUUAGGAUUGCCAUCGAUAAAAAAGAGAGACUCUCCAUCAACGAUGCUAUUUCUAAUUGUGAUAAAAGUGAAAUCAUCAAAAAAAAUAUAAGAAAUUAUGAAGAAAUCAACGCUGACAACAUUUCUACAACUUGCAAUAGAAAUAUCUAAAGGCAUUAAAGUUUCUAGAAGCACACAGAACAAAAUACACCAAAAUUACAAUUCCCAAGCAUUUACAAGAAUACCUCCUAUGUUCUUUACAAAGCUCUCAGAUCUCGUAAUCAAUCUGUCUGUCAAACCAUUACUACUUAUAUUAAAUAGUUGUAAGACAAAGGAUUUUAUGAAGAAUGA